AUUGUUUAUGCUGAUGCGCAACCUCAUCCUGGUCGUUGUCCGCGGUUGAACACGCCACCUCCUGAACCAACUGAUGACAGUUGUCAUUGGGUGGUUAAAGUGGAUUUCCGUGGAUGUCGUUAUUAUUUCGAAGAAUGCUGGAAACCCAACAUGUGUACUGGAAAGAAUGAAAUGCUAUGGAUAUGCUCAUCGGAAUGUCCACCGACAUGUGCUGAAAAAUGGCCUGGCUGUGGAGAGCAGUGUGGAUCUCCGUGCUGCCAAUGUGUUGGAGGCUAUGUGCGUGAUUCCAGCGGAGUUUGUAUUCCGAUACAAAACUGUCCAGAUGAAAGUAAUCUUAUGAUAUAUCACUCCAUUUCACCUCAAAAUGAAAUUUGA